AGCCGUCGUUUCGGCCUCAAAGGGUGUUUACAGUAUUCGUGGUACUAUUAGUAAGCACACUGCAGUAUUCGUAUGAGUUGUCUGAAGAAGACACCAUAAAUAUACGAAAACGUAUUCUCGCUAUGCUUGGAUAUCGUGGUUGGGCCUUGCUGUCUGACAUGUCUGAGGUCAGGCUUUUGUGCGUACAUUCGUCUGGCAUGUCUGCAGUGCUCUAGUCUAGACCGCUGGUAUCAGUAGGGCAUUCCAACUGGAUAUACACAUUAUAUUUACCACGGUUCUCUUGAGAAAUACAUUUGCACGAAAUCAUACCGUUUCUACGCAAUGGGUUUUAUGUUAUUGCCCAAUCAAGAAGGAGCGGGGAGUUGUACCUGGUUUUCCCGAUUCAGCGUGUGAUGGACAUCCGGGUUACACCAUAUUGGAUUGGAUGGAGUUACCAAGCGGUGUAUAGAUGAUUGCAACACGAAUGUUACAUCCCCGGUAUUUAUAAGUGGAUGCAGGGAUUGUAAGAGCAGUGCAAAGAUGGAGAGGGGAUACGCGGAGCUAUUUCUUGCUGCCCUUUUCCUCUUGGCUGCAGCAAACCAUGCAUCCGCCUCGAUCCGCCAAAACGAAACAUGUGGGACAAAUCUGAGACUAGACUGUGGAAACGCUCCCAUUUUCAUCAUCACUGUCUCCUCCACAGACAGGUUAACUGAUAACUGCCGUGCAGGGAAUGUAGGUACCCAGAAGGUCACCAUAGACCAGGUCCGACAGGAAUGUGAGGGGAAGAUGGAAUGUGAUAUUGCGACCAACUUCUCAGUAGAAGACAUGAGACAUCUGGCUGUGCAUUAUUAUUGUGGUCAAAGCAAUGACAUCUGCUCCGACGUCACAAUACAGGCCGAAAAGUCCACAUUCAAUCUUCUUGAUCAGGCAGGCAUUGCUGGUCCCUCAAGGUGCAGCUGUGAAGCGGCGGUACCACCUGGAACUGUGGUUUCAGUUAAAAUUUUAGCUCACAAUUUCAGAAGCCCGGGAACUGUGUUGGCACUAAAAUGGCGUGAUGACGCCACUUUUUCUAUUGGCCCGUCAACACAGGUUGGGACCACCCCUUACAAACACAAUGUUACAGAUAAGUUUAAGGUGGAUUACAAGACAGAAAGUGGGAACAAUGAACUGCUGUUCUAUUAUGAAGCGGAUGUGCCAAUCAAGAUGAUAUGUAAUAAUGGGAGUGAAAUAGUGCUAGCGCCAACACGUGGACCAAGGCCUGGCACCGGGUCGGGUUCGACGCAAGGGGAAGAAACGUCUACAUCUGGACUUGGGAAGGAGGAAGAAGGAAAGCUUCCAAUCGGCGUCAUUGUUGGUAUAGUGCUCGCGGUGAUCAUUGUCGCUGUUUUGGUGUUUCUGAUCGUAUUUUUUGUCAUAAAAAGGAGGAGAAACCCUCCGCAAUCAGGGCAACAAAAUGGCUCUGAAAAUGGGAAAGACGAUGUCGAGGCGGUGUACGAGACCUUGACAAAGAAAAAAACGGAGUCGUUGGAACAGAAUGUCGGGGGUGGUCAGGGCGAACCAGUAUCCGUGAAAGGGGGUCAAGAUACAGCGGUGAACGACGGACCUGAUUCUAAACAAGGUGAAGAAAAGCGUGACAGUGUGGAGUUGCCUAAAAGUCCGAAACGUGAGAGUAUAGAACUACCUAAAACCCCGAGGGGUACAGAAGAACCUGGUUCUGGACCGAAACACACAAGCUUUCGUGUCAGUGAUUCUGAUGCUGGUGGAGACUAUAGUGUUAUUGUAGAAGACGAAUCGACAGAUGAUUCCAAUGAUAAAAAAGGCUUUCUGGGAUGGUUCGGUAAAAAGUUCAAAACUGGUGCGAAACGAAAGGAAUCAGACCUGGACAAGCAGGAGAUUGUGAAGUCUAAGAGGGAGGGUUCUGGAGGGAGUGAGCGGGGCCAGAAGGGUUCAAGUGACGUGCCGGAGGGUGAUUAUGAUCGUCUGAACAAGCCGCUACUCACAAAACCGGCCGAGUUCAUGCCAAAAUCACCAGUUAGUCCUACUUAUGAUCAUGUCGAUCCAAAUACUGACAGUGUGAAAUCAAAUGAUUCUAAGUUCAAUUAUGAAGAUAGCACUCAGAGCGGGGAAGUUGGCAAUGUUUAUGAGGUGUUUCCGCAUAAGAUACUUCCUUCUGCGAAGUUGGCUAAAGCACAGCGUGUCUAGUGAUAUAGUGUUGGAUAUUAGCUGGGAAUUCGCCAUUGCAACACGAUGCGCUGUGGUCAGCCUGUUUCUCGUCACCACCAGUCAACCAGAGGUUCCAGAGACUGCAUGUGCGUUCAAAUAACGGAAUCGGUGUCUACAGGGCAGCGGCUGACCACCACACCAUGAACAAGUCCCAUCCGUGGAUUCAAAUGGUCGACAGAGUGUCACAUUUAUCAAUGCCGCUGCCCCCCCCCCCCCCCCCCAUUAGUUGGGAAUGCUGAACUACAGAUCAGCACGCGUUUCCUCCACUUAAGGAUGUUCCUCCACUUGAUUGCUGUCUAUCGUAUGACCAGUGAGUGACCAGCGACCAGUGGCGAUAGAACUUCAUGAAAGAUGAACAAGCAGAGGAUAGGUUACAUGUACUCUCCUUGUAGGACUCGAGUAGACAUGGUAGAGACGAAUCUACAUUCGUCUUCAUCGUCAUCAUGUACUCCAGCCAUGCGGCGAGUGGUGCGAUCCGACACAUUGACACUUCCUCCUCUUCCACAAGGUAUAUCAAGUCUGCGGUACUUGGUCCCGUCCAGUCUUCGACAUCGUCCAGUCAGACCCACUUCGGUUGACCACAUCUACGGCUGCUGUCCGCUGUGGCCUGCUGGCUGCUGUUCGCUAGGGUUCCCUUAACCAAUACUAUGACCAUCCUCAUUACGGAUUAUCCAUGUUGAACAUAUUUUUAUAAUCUCAUAUGAAACGUGCCAGUAUGAUAACGGAGGACAGAAAUCUGUGGAUUGUUAUGACUCUGGAGGACAUAUUCUAACUACAGUGAACGGGAGAGUAAAUGGUUAAACUAUCAUAUACAUGUAUAAUCAUUCAUAAACCAUUUAAUUAUAACUAGAUGUAUUGGUUGUCACCAACCGUUUGGAGAGACAACUUACACCCACAGUGGUACAUGAGGUAUCAAUCGCUAUUUUAAAACACCCCAGACUUGAUAUAUUUUAGGCAUAAUACACCGGGAAUCGGAUUAAAUACACCCAUUUUUUAGGCAUAAUACACCGGGAAUCGGCUUAAAUAGACCCAUUUAUACACCCAUUUUAUACUUGAUAUAUUUUAGGCAUAAUACACCGGGAAUCGGCUUAAAUACACCCAUUUUAUACCAUCCCAAGUGGUCAUGGUUGUCUUACCAAACAUAUGUAGUCAAAACGAGGAUGAUGCGUAAUCCUUUGAAACAUUUUAACCAUGUGAAGGUGUUUUAGAAUUAGCAUCUUUCAUUUUAGUGGUACCAGAGGUAAAUGACUGUCUGUGUUUCAGUUGUCUCUCUAGUCAGUCAAUGAACGACUGUUAGAUGUUCAAAUCUUCUUUAUUCAAUGAUAUAUUUACAAUAAGUAAAUCACCGCUAGGUGGAGACGUCUAUACUCUCGAAUAUCGAAGAGUGCUUCCGUGGGACGUUUAUACUAGUAAUUACAACAAUAGAGGGUGUAUUCGAAAAAGAGGGUUUCAUACUGGGAAGACAUCUCGUUCAUUUUGGCAAUUGUUCCCAAUGCAUUACCGUUUGUGAGCUGUUCAUGAAAUACUCAUAUGCUUUGUAAUGUAUAUACAACUGCGCACUGUAAUUUAUAUCAAACACUCACUGUACAUAUUUUAGCCCGGAACGAAUGGUUUUACAAUUGAAUAAUGAUUUUCAAGAAUGAGCAUUUGCAAGGGCGGAUCCGGGAUUCAGGGAAAGCCCUUGGCACUCGACACUUGAUAUCCCCGCCAAUUUCAUCGUUUGUUUCACAGUUUAUGCAAUCAGUGAUCAAUUCAUAUGGGGUCACAGUGUUGUGUUAUUGUCAAUGAAUGAUUCGUAACACAUACGACAUUCCCUGUACUUGACGGAGACGGGCCUGCUUUAGCAGAAAGAGCCGAAAUCUCACGCAGACUGAAAUUAUCUUCUUGAACUUGAAUGAUCACGGCAAUUUAGUUUUCAAGAUGCCAAACGUUCUUAAUGAAGAUUCCAGAUACAAAUAAAUGUAUUGCACAAUCCCGAUGAUGUAUAUGAAUUACUAACUAAGAUCUAAAACAUGAUUUAAAUAUGAUAUGUAGCAGAUAGCAAGUCUUAGAAUUUCAAUUUUCGAUAACUUCUUGUCUGGUGGUAAAGUUGGCAAAAGUUUUCUUAAUUCUGCAAACGCCACAUUGAAUGCUUCCACCCUUAUCCGUUCUCGCGUGGCGUGAGCCGUUCUGUAUUUUUGAGUCGCUCGCCUUCUUCUUCUUCGUUCCUCCCGCGUCAAAUUCUGAUUUUCUUGGUUCCCACGACGCCCUCUUGUGGCGUCUCUAGAUAACAUAUCGUCUUUGUCGUCUGCUGCGAGAUUCGUCAUGUUUUCUAAGCUCCCUCUUACGUUGAAACUAGAAACACAUGCAGUGUGCAUCACUUUAGAAUUAUCCCUCUGAAUAAUUCCUCAAUCUUUCUUUGAGAAGUCUCUAAACAGAUUCGGAUUUUCAAAAAUUUUAGGUGAUGUGUCUAAAUUCACGAUUGGUUCAAGUGAUUGUUAUCUGAAAAUAUAGGAAAAGGCAAAGCAACGUUAUAAAAGGUUAUGUAAGGGAGCUAACAAAAGUAUCUGAUUGGUUCUUCUCAUAUUGAACUUAUAGACCACCCACAAGUUAUAUGUAUGAAAAAAUAUAUGAAUCCAAAGAUUUGCAAGAAAUCCAUCAACCACGUCAAUCACCUCCUCCGCCUGAAAUCGAUUGGACUUUGUGGCUCAGCUGGUACCAGUGGAGAUCAUUUAAUUAGGAAGAUUGUAGGGGAAACUGCACACAACACAUCCUAUAAGUGAGUGGGGAUAUUCGCCCAUAAACACCCCAGAAGAUCUGGGAGGUUUUCCGAGCGCCGCUGGUUCGUGGCGCAGGAUAAGAGACGGCGAAAUAAAACAUGGCUUGAACACCUGAGCACCAACGAGCUCAGAUGUUCUCCGUGAGGAAAGUCAUUUCGCGUUUAAUGGCCUCAUUUGCUGUUGGAUUGGGAGUGGUUUUGUUAGUGUUAAGCUGGAAGGAUGAACAGGUCUGGAGAUAGGGAAAGAUGUUGGGAAGGCGAGAGCAUUAGCUGUUAAAGAUGCAUUUAAUUUAGCUUUGUUAGGUCUAGUUGCAUUUAGAAUUGGUGGCCAUUUGACUAAGUUGUCAAACUUUUGAUUGUGAACCUCGGAAGGAAUCUGUUGAGUGUGGGUGAACGAAUGAGAUAUGAUUAAGGAGAGUGAUUCGUCAGAUCGCGGUUAUUGAAUUUAAAAAGUGUUAGCUGAAGGAUGCCUGGUGUUGAUGACCGAUAACGAUUGCCAAAAGGCCUUGAAUAAGAUGUCGCUUUGACAGAAUUGGAAUGUAUCGAGUGUGGGUGAUGUGCGAGAGUGGGUAUGAGUAAGAAAGAAAGAAAUAUGCACUUUUAAUGGAAAAUAUUGUACUUUUCAAUUAUCUUACCAAGACGGUUAUUUAUAUUGGCAAAGCCAAAAGUUCAAAGUUUAAAAAUAUCGACUUCGUCGAAAUAUUGAGUGUGUCAGAUGUGAUGUAAAUUAUUUGUAAUUUUCCUUAAUAAAAAAUACAAAAAAUAAA